UUUCAGCAAUGGAUAUUCAUAGUUCCGUUGACGAGAGUGAUCGCAGUAUCAGCGUGAGGAUUUUCUCAGAGGAUGAACAGGAACUCAGCGAAGCUGCAAUCGUCUUACCUCUGUCCACGACUGUCGGGCAAUUACAGAUUUUAUGCAAUCAACUGUUGGAUAGCGCAGAUGAUCCAAUUCCGAUAACAUUUCGGACGAGAGAUGGCAUUUUGAUUGAAGAUUCUUUGAAGGGUUCAAUACCACAACAAAAAAUUGAUGUAGAAAAGAGUAUUGAACUGCUGUAUUAUCCAGAAGCAGUAUUUCGCGUAAGACCAGUGACCCGAUGCACUUCCUCACUUCCCGGGCAUGGUGAGCCAGUGAUUAGUGUGCAAUUUAGCCCAAAUGGAAGGGAGCUUGCUAGCGGUUCUGGUGAUGCAACUGUACGCUUUUGGGAUUUAAAUACAGAGACACCAUUGCACACUGCCAGAGGACAUACAAAUUGGGUAUUGUGUAUCGCUUGGUCACCAGAUGGUAAGAAGCUUGCUUCGGCUUGCAAAAAUGGACACAUCUGUUUGUGGAAUCCAAAAACCGGAACACAGAUUGGCAAAAAAAUGACCAGCCACAAACAGUGGAUAAAUCAGCUUGUCUGGGAACCGUACCAUAAAAAUCCACAUUGCAGACAUUUGGCAAGUGCUGCAAAGGAUGGCGAAAUCAGGAUUUGGGAUACUGUCAAAUGUGAGAUGGUUCGCUGUUUAACAGGGCAUACAGCAUCAGUAACAUGUGUGAAAUGGGGUGGGCAAGGACUUAUUUACACUGGUUCCCAGGAUCGUACAAUCAAAGUUUGGCGUGCAGACGAUGGUGUCUUGUGUCGAACUUUAGCUGGUCAUGCUCACUGGGUCAAUACUCUGGCUUUAAAUGUGGAAUACGCUUUACGUACAAGUUUUUACAAUGCUUUGGAACAGUCUACGGUAUUACAGGAUGAUAUGGCAGCGCAUCAGAAAGAAGCUUUACAUCGGUAUGAGAAAGCCAAGGGCACAUGUGGUGAGCUAUUAGUUUCUGGUUCUGAUGAUUUCACAUUGUUUUUCUGGAAACCAACGGAUGAAAAGAAACCUCGGACGCGUAUGACUGGCCAUCAGCAACUGGUGAACCAGGUGAUGUUUUCUCCAAAUGCUCGGUAUAUUGCAUCCGCAUCAUUUGAUAAAUCAAUCAAACUGUGGUGUGGACGAACGGGCGCUUUUCUUGAUACAUUGCGAGGACAUGUUCAAGCGGUUUAUCAAAUUGCCUGGUCUGCUGAUAGUCGAUUGCUGGUUUCCGGUUCGGCAGAUUCGACAUUAAAAGUAUGGGACAUGCAUAAGCGUGGACUCUGUAUGGAUCUUCCAGGACAUGGUGAUGAAGUUUAUGCGGUAGAUUGGAGUCCAGAUGGUACUCGAGUGGCUAGCGGUGGGAAAGAUAAAUUGUUAAAAUUGUGGCGUCAGUAAUGGAACAAUAAAAUGAUUAAAUAUGUUUGAAUUUGGUGUUAUUUGCGCACCAAAAAGUAUUUGCUUAUCUAAACUUCGUUAGCGUAUUUAUACAGAAAAGGUAGGUUUCGAAACUUUGCUUCUUCAUCAAACGAGCAUUGAAUUCAGUCAGUGAGAAGAAUUUCUAAUCAUUCAAUUUUAAGGU